AGGAAUUUCGAUAUUUACUCCUUUUCGCUUUCACUCCCACUUGGUCAUUUUCGCUGUUCUUCUUCUACCAAAUCCUCCUGUAAAAGUCUGCAAAUCAUUCCUACUUUGAAAAAAAAUGGCGGGCUGGCAGAGACAUUUGCAAUCAUUAGUACGUCGUCUCGUGAAAAAAUACGAGUGCGGUGGCACAGCUUCAUUCAGUACUUUUGGUCAUGCAAAGGCUGGUAUUGUAUCUGGUGAGGUGCCUAGUUUGUCGAGGCUGCAUAAUUUGCAAUUUCCUACAACUUUGAGUCCUCUGUACCAGUAUCUACAGAAAAUGGAGUUCACAAGCACAAGGAACUUACUUGCUGACUCGUCAGAUGCAACUCCAGUUUCUUCACCAUUAAUACCAGCUCUACCCUCAGGUGCUGGUAGCACUGAAACUCAAAAGACCAUUACUAAACCUGAAAAAGUUCAAGCGAUACUUAAAAGUAUAAAACAGAGUCCUAAGAAGGUGAACUUGGUUGCUGCCUUGGUCCGUGGAAUGCGAGUCGAAGAUGCAUUGUUGCAGUUGCAAGUGACAGUUAAAAGAGCUGCUAAAACCGUCUAUCGGGUCAUACAUUCAGCUCGAGCCAAUGCAACACACAAUUACGGAUUUGACCCUGACCGUCUUCUAGUUGCCGAGGCGUUUGUUGGGAAAGGGCUGUUCAAGAAGAGGAUUUCAUACCACGCCAAGGGCAAAUGCGGAAUAAAAGUACGGCCAGAGUGUAGGCUGACUGUAGUACUUCGAGAGAUAACGCCAGAGGAGGAGGCCGAGAUAGCCAAGCUGAAGGUGAGAAAUUUCCGCAAGCUGACCAAGAGAGAAAAACGGCUCGUGCCACAUAAGCUCAUCGAGACCACGCCAGUAUGGGACCGCAAGGGCAAAGCCAGAAGGCAUGAGUCGAGCGCUAUGGCUAUAUGAGCUGUUGUGUUAUUUCAUUAAUCAGUGUCUUGGUAGGGGAGUUUUUGCUGUGAUAUCAAAGGACCGAAGAUAGCAUUUUUCAUGUUCUUUUGUCAUCUUCAUAGUACUGCUGCUUGUAACUGCCUUUUGACUCGACUAUCACUUCGUUAAUGUACGAUGCUGGUGUUGUUCUCAUCGAGUUGUUUUUUUCAACUGAAAGAAAUUGUGUUCUGCAGAAUAUCACUAUUGGUGUUUUGAUGCU